AUGCCUCCCGCGCACUUCCAAAACGCUGCAAAUGGCAGCAAGAACGUCGGGAAUCCUGUAGACGUCGAGAGACAAGGGACGCCCAUUCAACGGGAGACGAAAGCAUCAAAAUCUUUGGGGGCAGGAUCUGCUCUAGCUCUAGGCGGAUUCGGAACAACCUUGACAACUCUUUCGCUGAGUCUCAUGGAAUGGCGCGGUGUCACGACCAAUAAUGUCUUUGUCGCAAACUUCUUUUUCAUUGCAGCUUUCGGCUUGGUUAUCACUGCGCAGUGGGAGCUCUCGAUUGGCAAUGGUUUCGCCUACACGGUCUUCAGUCUUUUCUACGCAGGCUAUGGUGCCCUUUUGACACCAGCUUUUGGUAUCGCCCAGGCAUACGGCGAUGAUACGGCGCAGUAUAACAACGCGGUGGGAUUCUUUAUGAUAUUGUGGACUGUUUUCGUGUUCACUUUUCUCGUCGCUUCGCUUCCAAGUAACAUCGCGUAUAUUCUGGUCUUCUUCUUGGUUGACCUCGGAUUUCUUACCGUCGCGGCGAGUUACUUUGCUAAAGCUGAUGGCCAUGCUGCGGCUGCUGUUGCACUGCAGAAGUCAGGAGGCGUGGUUUGUUUCCUUGCGGGAUUGAUUGGGUGGUAUAUCGUGUUUCAUUUGCUUUUGCAGGACUCGCUUCUGGAUUUGCCAUUGGGUGAUACUUCGCGAUAUUUUGGUAAGAAAAGGAAG